UAUUUUCUUUUUUCUUUUUUUCAUUUCUUUCUUUAUAUGACCACAAUAAACCAUUACCAAUGGCUUUUCCAACAAUGCCGUCAAAAAACAAAAGAAGAUGUAGUGAAGUCAAUUCAUGCACUAGAUAUCAUGGAAGCAGAAAAAUUAGAUCUUUUAGAUCUCUUGGAUCAUAUGCUUAAAUCAUGGGUAAAUAUCUUUAUCAUCUUACUAUCGAAACAGCUGAUUUUCUUCGAGAAAAACCUACAUUGUCAACCAUGACUGACUAUCAUUCCAUUUGGCCAGAUCAAAUUGAUAAAACAUCAUAUUGGUUUAGGCACUACUUUGUUGGAAAACCCUACAUCACUUUGAUUGGGCCUGUGAUGAACGACACACAUGCUAUUGUAUCUGUUAUUAAAGGAGCUACCUACUAUCGGAUUAUUAUUCGCACAAAACAAGAUACAAAUAUGAACCGCAUUGCAGAAGACAAAAAUGUCAAUGAUUUCAUAUUGCAACUUGAAUCGUCGGGUCAGUUACAUAAACUAGAUAUGGAACAUGAAGCAAAGAGAAGCAGGCCAUUGCGUAGCCUUUCGUCAGUCAUUAUCACUGGUAUCAUUACACAGCCCAUGUCAGAUCAAUACAAUAUGACUAGAUCUAUGCGGGCAGCACUCAUGUCACUUUAUUCAGACAUUGACUUUAAACUUUUUAAAGAAUUUUCUGCCGAGGUUACUAUUUUAUCAGGUCUAGAGAAAGAGCUGUUAAAGUAUGAUGAAAUGGGGAUUCCUAAAUCAUACAAAUUUGGUGUCAUGACAAUUCGCGAUGGCCAAGAUACAGAAGAACAAUGGCUUUCUAAUUCAGAAAUACCAGAAGGAUUGAACAAGCUAUUAAAUAUAAUUGGAAAGCCAGUUGAAUUGAAAGACUAUCAAGGAUUUGCUGCUGGGCUAGACACAAAGACUGGAGAAUCAGGAGAAAUGUCAUUUGCUUCUUUAUGGCAGGACCAUGAAAUCAUGUAUCAUGUAGCACCACUUAUGCCUUCAAAAACAAGUGAUCCUCAGCAAAUACAUAGGAAAAGAUAUAUAGGAAAUGAUAUCGUGUGCAUUGUCUUUUUGGAAGGAGAACAUCAGAAAUUUGAUCCAACUUCAAUUCGUUCUCAGUUCUUACAUGUCUUUAUUGUCGUUCAAUUAGAACAUGUAAAUGAAAAAGAAUUAUGGAGAGUUGAAGUGCUGUAUCACAAAAAUGUUUUGAAGUUCUCACCACCUUUGCCUUCUCCUCCUGUGUUUUAUGACUGCAAAGACCUUGGCGCUUUCUUGCUGUUAAAACUUAUCAAUGCUGAAAAUGCUGCAUUAAAAUCGAACAAAUUUGCAAUACCAAGCAAUAAGGCUCGUAUUGCGAUAUUAGACAGUCUGAUUGAAACAGGCAUUGAAGCAAAUCAAGUAGCGAAAUCCUUUGGGCGCUUAGGAGAACGAAAACAUCAUGCAAAUGGAGAACGACCAAAAUCUGCAGGCAUGCCACAACAUCAUCUUCGUAAUCAUCAUAAUUUUAAUUCAAACAAUAUGACGACAAUGAAUGAAUCUUCAGAUACUCCUGAACUCCCUCCUUCUCCUGUUCCUUUGCCAUCCAUUUCAAGAUCAAGCGUAUUACGAGACUUAAAAAGCUUGACAAGGAGAAAAAGUAGUAAUCAUGGUCAUGAAGAAGGCAUCAAGAACAAAGCACAAAACUUUGUGAAUUGCAUGAUUGGAAAAAGAAAUUCUCGGACGGGUAUGCCAUUUUGAAUCGUUUCACAAUUGUGUUACUCAACUCUCGAUAGUGUUAAUUAACAAUCAUAAUUUUAAGGAGGAGGGUAAACAAAAAUAAUUGUACAACAUAUUCUAUCAUAAA